AUGGUGAAAUGUAAUUGCGAUUUUAUAGUGAGCAGAAUGUUGUUAUCCUUUAUUCUUCUGGGUAUUUUAUCUACGACACACAUUAGCAACGCUGGGCCCUUACGGAACAGAUAUUCAAAAUAUCUAGAACUGGAUGCAGUCCAGAGAUUGAUAGAAUACAUCCGUAUAGACACCAGCCGAGAAGAAAAUAUCAAACAUGCAGUGGAUUUCUGGGUAAGUCAAGCUAAUGAUGCGGGCUUGCCUUACACGGUGUAUGCUCCGGCCGGCAAGCCAAUAUUUGUGGCUACGCUGGAGGGCUCCGACCCUUCUCUACCCAGUAUAAUGCUCAACUCACACAUGGACGUGGUCACAGUUGAUGAGACCGAAUGGAUGUACCCACCUUUCGCAGGCUAUAUGGACGCCAACGGUGACAUUUUUGGGCGUGGAACACAAGACACUAAAGACAUAGGUGUGGUGUACAUGGAAGUUCUUCGCAAAUUCAAAAAGGAUAACAUCACUUUAGAACGAACCAUACAUAUGACUGUCAUGCCAGAUGAAGAAACUGGCGGCAAGAAUGGUAUGCAGGCGUUUGUUAAAACAAAACAAUUUAAGGCCCUGAACAUUGGUUUCGCUUUAGACGAAGGACUGGCAUCUAGUGACGACACUUUGAUCGCCACUUAUAUAGACAGGAGACCUUGGCAGAUGGAGUUCACAGUCCAUGGAGAAGGCGGUCAUGGUUCUUCAAUAGCCGAUGAAACUGCUGCUGAAAAGCUUCACAAGUUAAUGGAUACUAUCAUGGCGUACAGAGAAAUUCAGAAAGACAUCACGAGGACGAAGAAUGCUAACGAUUACACUGGAUUCAAUAGUAUCAAUAUCAAUAUGUUUCACGGUGGACAAGCUCCAAACAUAAUUCCUUCGAAAAUGUCUCUUGUUGUCGACAUGAGGCUGGCUCCCGAAGCUGAAGCUAGUGAAAUGCAAGCUUUGGUGGAUUCUUGGGUGCGGGAAGCCGGAAACGGUACAGAGUUAUCGUACAUACGUCAUGAGCAAGUAUCGCUGCCCACUGCUUUAGACAGUUCUAACCCAUAUUGGGUAACGUUUAAGAAUACUUUGAACAACAUGGGUAUUACAGUUAGAUCCAUGGUGUGUCCGGCGACGUCUGACAUUAUGGUCCUCCGUAACCUCGGCAUACCAGCUCUAGGCUUUACAACUAAGUCCAACACUAUCUCGAGGAUACAUGCUAAAGACGAAUACAUAAACGUCGAGACUUUCCUCAGAGGCAUCGAUAUAUACACCGAAUUAGUAAAAAAUUUAGGAAACUUAAAAGCUUGUUGA